GAUACUAGGAAGGAUUAAUUGUAGCUACUUUUAAAUGUCUUCCAAGAAGGAAAAUUCAAGCGAAGAAUAUGAGUUGCCACCUCUGGUCUGUUUUGGAUAUCAUAAGGACUAUCACUCUGAUCAAAUGUGUAUAGCAGAUAAUGGGACAGAGGCAAAGAAACUUUAUCCUGAGGAAUUUUAUGCAAAGGGUGUGGUGUAUUCUGAGAGACCAGUCAAAAGCCGUGUUGAAUUUGAGGUUGAGGUGAUAUCACAUGGGGCCCCUUGGUCUGGGAACUUGAAAUUAGGCAUAAUGUUACACAAAUCCAACAAGAAACUUGAUCGUUUAAAGAUCCCUCGUUAUACUCCAGAAUGUCAUAAUCACUGUGUAUGGAGUACUAAAAAGCUCCACAAUAAUGUCACUACUAUGACUGAGACUGCUUAUGGCAAGGUAUCGCUAGACGACCUGGAAGAAGGAGACAGACUGGGUAUCAUAAUAACGUCAGAGGGGGUCCUGCAUUUUCUAGUUAAUGGAGAACCCCAGGGCAUAGCAACUCAUGAUAUUUACAGAGAGGGACAUGAUGUGUAUGUAGUUGUUGAUCAUUAUGCCAACUGUAAAGCAACACGAAUAACAAGAGCAAUUACCAGAGAAAUACAGAAAGCAAAUUGUUACCAGGAGUUACAACAGACGAAAUUGGAGUUACAACAGACAAAAAGGGAGAUACAAGAGAAGAAUAGAGAGCUACAGGAGAAGGAUAGAGAAUUACAAAAAUCCCGUGAUGCAGUUCAUAUAUACCAGCAGCAAGUACUUACUGAUGAUCACUGGGUCAUUGAUAAAGAUGAGGUGACUGUGACUGGAGUAGAGCUAGGAAGAGGGUCUUAUGCCACUGUUAAUGUUGGUAUCUUUAGAGGUUUAAGAGUAGCUGUCAAGUCGCUUCAUACUAUCAUCAUCUCAGAUUAUAAUCUAGCUCUCUUCUCCAGGGAAAUGAGUAUAGCAUCACGAGUACGUCAUCCUAACCUGGUCCAGUUUAUUGGUGCAACUAAAGUGAGUAAUCCUCUCAUCUUGACUGAGCUCAUGAGCACUAGUCUUCAUAAGGAGCUUCAGAAGAUUUGAUUGACAAAGCAACAGAU